CAGGAGAGAAGAGCGCGAGGCAGAACAGCGCGGCGGCGGAGCAGCGACCGCUGGGGUGAACAUGGCGGAGACCGUACGCUCGCUCUUCGACUACGGGGAGGCACGCAGCCUGGACAGCGGCGGAGAAGGCAACAAACCAGCACCACCGCUGCGAGGGCGUGGCUGUGGGAGGAAACGAAAAGGGACACCCGUAAAAGUCUUUGUCACACAAGCUGAGGAAGAGAGGGUGCCUGAACACAGCUUCAGCCCAGGUGAUCGUAAAGAAGCAGCAGAGAAUAAGCGGCCCAUGCUGGACGGUCCUUUCUACAACACGGAGCACACUCCUCAAUACUGCGGCUCAUCAGCGCAGGCUCGCAACAAAGUCCCCAUCAGAUCCAAGACCAGCUCCAGCUCGGCCUCCGUACCGGCCCCAGCUCCGGCUGCUUCAUCGGCGCUCCCUGCUUCUGCGCCGGCCACGGCUACCUCCACCCGGGCCCCGUCUCUGACCCCUGCGUCCACGGCCCCGGCCGCCCCGACGCCCUCCGCGCCGGCCCCGGCGGCCAGCCCGUUCCCCCCGUCCCCGAACUGCCGCAUCCGAGAGGUGCACUGUGGCAGCCAGGUGCGGUUGGUUGUCAUCGCCAUCCGAGACAUCACGAAGGGGGAGGAGAUUACUGUGGACUACAGCCUGACGGAGUGGGGAGACAACUUGGGUUUCCGUGGUACCGUGUCUCCUGUGCAGCACGAGUCUCACUCCGACACAGAGAAUAACAACAAUGUCAAAAAGGAGGAGGAGCCUCUAUCUGUGACAGCCCAGCAGCAGCAGCAGCAGCAGGAGUACGUCACCCCGUCUUGGUCCCUCUCCCCCUCCUCCUCCCCCAUCUCCCACUCUGACGCCAGUGACUCUGAUGCUGGAGAUGAAGACAACAGCAGCCCCAGAGGGCGGGCGCUGCGCCGGCGCAAGAAACGGCGUGGCGCUCAUUUGAAGAAGAAGACGCCCCAACGGACCGCGUGCGGGCCCCCACUGCCGGUCGGCCCCACCAGCAUUCCCCAUCACAGCAGCCCGCUCCCGUCAUCCCACCCUCCAGGUCAGUCUACCCCUCCCACCUCUUCGUCCUCCUCCACCUCAGCAAAGCUUGUGUUCAAAGCGCCGGCCCCGCUGGGCUCCAGCACAAAGGGCAACAUCAGCUCAAAUGUCCCGAGAGGAGGCGUGUCCAUAGACUCCAUGCGGCAAACCUGUGAGCACUGUGGGCGCCACUUCCGCUCCUUGGGUCGCCACCUGGACAAGCACCACGCUCACCAGCCAGAGGUGUGCUCCGCCCUGGUGGAGCGCUACACACAGAUGCCCCGCCUGCACGCGCAGAACUCACACCCCGCCACUGCUCUCGCACACACGCUGCAGCACUCCACGCGGCAGGCCGCAGGACACGGCCACGUCUCAGAUCUCACUGAGCUUGGCGUCCAGGACCUUUCAAUGCCGCCGCCCACUCUCGCAGCGGCUAACCAAUCCUCCGCCUCGUCCGGAAGGAACUCCACCCCAUCAGGGCUGACCCCUCCGCGAGGACAGAACGCAGUGCCAGUGUCUGUCCUAAAGCGAAGCCCCCCCCCGGUGGCCGCGACGCAGUCCAGGAAGGGAGCGGUGAGGAGGUUAAAAACAGAGAGACUUGAUGAGGACAACCAUCACCACGACGACGAUGUGGAGGUCGUAGAGGUGAAGAGGCCCAAAGAGGAGGAGCACGUUGAGGUGGUGUGCGCUCCAUCCUUUGGAAACAAUUUAGCCAAAGACAUGGAGCCUCCAAAAAUUGCAGAAGAUGAAGAGGAUGAUGAAGAGGAUGAAGAGGAGGAGAAUGGAGUGAUGGAGGUGGAAGAUGAAAGUGGGGCCGAGGAUAAGGAAAAGGACUUGCUCAGCGGUUCGGGGCGUCACCACAUGCUGCCCCUCCUCUCGUCCUUGUCCUCCCUGGUUCUGUACCUUCGUCGGCUGCAGCACUCGGCCUUCUUGUCCCUUUCUCGGCAGCUCCAAUCCGCCGAGGCCUGGCGCCUGCUCUGUCACUCGAGCCUGGCUCUCCUCAUCCUGUACAACCGCAGGCGCGAGUGUGAGGUCUCCAAGCUGUCCAUCGCCGAAUAUCACGCUCGCAUCACCCCCCGGUGCCCAGUCCCCGUCCCCCCGGGGGCCCCGCCCGCUCUCACUCCGUUGGAGGCCUCCCUGUCUCCGUUUGAGCGCCUGGUGCUCCCUCACCUCGCGAGAGUCGGUGUCCAGGGCAAACGGGGCCGAGUGCAGCCCCUCAUCCUGCCCCCCCACUGCGAGCCUUGCCUGGAGCUCCUGCUGGAGACGCGGCAGGACGUGGGAGUGGACCCGGCGAACCCGUACGUCUUCGCUAGGCCCUACCACUCCCCUGCCACGCCGCUGCGAGGCACCGACCUUCUCCGCAGCCUGGCCCGCUCGAGCGGCACCCGCAACCCCCGCGCCCUCACUCAGACCAGGGUUCGCCGGCAGGUCGCCAUACUGACCCAGCUGCUGCUGCUGGGGGAAGGGGAGGAGCCCGGGCAGCCCGGGGGCGGCGCGGUUGAGAGGCUGGAGCACUUCCUGGAGAGGGAAUACCAUGUGACUCAGAACUGUGCCGGCAUUGGCCAAGACCCAGGCCUGAUGGGCAGAGUGGGCCGAGUGGUGCUCUGCGGGGAGAGAGACGGAGUGCUGUUCAGAGGAAUGAGCCUGAACCACAUCUGCCUGGAACUGGAUGUUAUGUCGGGAAACUCUGCCGACUCCUACUCAGAGGGAGAGUCCGACGGGGAGCGGAUGAAGGAGAAGCCUGAGGCGCCCGCCCCCUCGCCCGCUCCCGCUCCUGCUCCGAACCCCACACCCACCCUGCUGUAUGUCAGGAAGGGCAAGAACAACGGGCGGGUGGGGCGACCCAAGAAGCUCAAGAACGCGCAGCCACCGCCUGCACCUCCUCUCCCUCUCCCCGUAAACCGCAGGAGAGGCUCAGGUCAGCCCAAAUCAGGGAAGCGCGGCGUCCUGAAGCGCCCCUGGUCAGAGGCAGAGCGCGCGGCGGUUGAAGAGCACCUGACCCAGAACAUCACCGAGCUCCGCGUCCCCGCCAAGGCCGACUGCGAGCGCUGCCUGCAGCAGUGCCCCCUGCUGGUCAGCAACCACCGCGACUGGCGAGCCAUCAAGUUCUACUGCCACAAUCGCAUCCAGCUGUUGAAAAAAAACCAGCGGCGAGAAAGUGAGCCCCAGUUGCUCACGGUCUGCUGAAGAGGUUGAGGGGGGGGGGUGGGGGUCUGGCGAUCAGAGCAGAUCUUCAAAUGGUACCCGGCUUCCCAGGAAAUGCACAAUGACGGUCCUACAUUUCAAUCUUCUGGUAGUUUGUUUUCAACGUGGUUUCUAACACGUGAUGGCCGUGUUGUUGUGAGCUGAACAACUACAGACAGCUGGGGAAGUUUAUUUUUUCACUGCUCUACUUUAAGGGUCUUAAAAAAAUGACACUAUAUUCUCAGUGGGGUUCAUGGUUCGAGAGUCACCGUUGUUGUCAAAAAGCAGCGCACUGUGAUGGGAGGUCAGAGACCCUGAAACUGGCCUCGGCCUUUGUUGUGUUGUAUAUGGAGUUGUUUUCUUCUUUUCUCCUUCCAAAACGAAUACACUAAACUAAAAUGUAGGGGGGGGGGGGAAGAGGUGGAGCCCCACAGUGUUGUUGAGCGUCGUGAAGUAGAGUUAGCGUUUAUGCACUUGGAGACGUAAAUAGGACAAAUGGCCUGUCCUCGGGCCACACAUUUCUUGGCUAUAUAAUAAAAGUAGACCUAACUACUUCUCACCUAGAAGAACAACCAGAUAUUUCAAGAUCUCUUUUUUUCAUACUGCUGUUUUGUCCAUCAUAUUCACGUGUAAGGUACUAACUGAGGACUUCAAUUUAAUGUAAAUAACAAUAUUAUGAUGGAGAUUCUUCUUUUAUUUGACAAACUCCAGAGAGGGGGUUUCAUGAGAAAGGCCAUGACAUGUUGGCAGAAUGUAGUGAAGUUCCUUUUGGAUGCCAAAGAUGACCUAAAACACAGAAACGGGACAACUGUUCCGACGGCCCCCUGUCCCCUGCUGUAGGAACCAGCGUGUUCUUGAUUCCUUCAAUAGCUUUCUUUGCUGCACAUUUGUUGUUUAAAACAGUAAAAAAAGCAGGAUAUUACUUUAUAUGAUGAGAGGAGAUUUCCCUUGGUUUUGUCUUUCAAAGGUGCAUUUAUCAGAGAAGUGGUUGUUCAGUUGCUCCGACUCUUGCAUUGUCCAGGCCACACUACACGCAGCUCUACCACGUUUCGGGGUUUCUCUGUGGCAUCGCGUCCAUCGAAAUAGAACCUCCACGAAACCUCAAGAGAGAUACUUGAAGUUAUUUGAACCUUUUUGCAGAGUCUUUAUGUUGUUUCUUGCUCUAGCCUUGCCAGUUACAUUGUACAUAACAAAUAUAUUAUCAUUAUAGCUGACUGGUUGUUUGUGCUAGACUUUAUGUAGCCUUCCUUUUUUCAUGUUUGAGCUGUAAAUAAGCCUGUUUGUAAAUACUCAUCAGAGAAACAAAGAAAAAACACAAUGUACGACAUGCCUUGGUUAUUGUAUUAAGUUUUUUCUUUUUUUUUUAUAAGUCUUAUAAAAUUCUAAAGCUCCACAAUUUUGUUGUGUUUUUUUCUUUCACCAGAAAAAUGUGCUCUGUUAAAAUUGUUGUGUAAUGUAUGAAUUAUUUGUUUAGGAUUGAUAUUGAUGAUAUGCAAUAACGGACAGAAAGCCAGAAUGGACUUGUUGUAGUUUGCUGUGAACAACACUAGAUGGAGCUGUCGAACAUAAACCAUCAACGGUUCUGAUUUCUCCUACAGGUUGGACUCUUCCUGCCCCGAUGUAAACGUGCUACAUGGUACUCCACACUGACCUCUAGAUACCUGCGAACAGCAUGAGGUCAUUCCCUCAGCUCCUUGCCAUCGUCAUGGUUACACCCAUCGGCUACUGAGGGCGCACAGUGUAACCGGUCCCCUUGUCUUCGGAUUGGUUUCUCAUUGGGAGAAAACUGUCCUUGUAAACUAAUGUCAAACCACAUCAAAUCACAUCGUGUCCCCGUCGUGCUUCUCCGUCGUAGCCUUUAUGUCCUCUGGAGUCCUGUGGAGUUUGUAGCUUCCUCCACCCUGCUGUGCUCAGUUACAUCAUAGGCAAUGCCGCACUGAGGUGGCUCAUUUCUGCAUAUACAUGAAUGCAAAACAUGUUUAUGAGUCAGUGUGUGUGUGUGUGUAAGAAAUGCAACACAGAUGAAAUAAACCAAAAGGUAACGGCCCUUGAGAAUAAGCCAACUCUCAGCCAUGUAAAGGUAGUGCAGUAAAACGCUUCAUCCAGCAGAUGGAAACAGACCACGUUCAGGCCGAAGACGGAUCGCUCCGAGUGGAGACGGACCUGAAGACUAUUCUGAGAUUUUGGAGUAGACACGAGUGGCUUUGAUGUGCCUUCCAGCACAACUGCUGGUUG